UGAGGGAGACGGCGAGAGUUGUGUUCGCGACGCCGCGCUCUCCGAUGGCUUGACUGUGGGCAAAACAUUCCUCCACUCUCUUCUCAAAAAAUGGCACCUGCUGAAAAAUUCGCCGCCUAAUCAAAAUUCCUCUCCAAGCUGUUCUUAAUUUCUAAUGGGGACGAGGUGACCCUGGUAUGGCGAUGGCAUUAGCGUUCGACGCCGACAACUUCAGCGACGACGUGUUCGAGUCGCCGGACGAGGAGGAGCCGCCGACGCCCGCCGGCUUCCUCAGUGCCCCGCACAACUCUGCUUUGCCCAAAGCGCCUUCGCCCACGGGCUACCGGGACUACGUUGCCCCCGCCGAGGCCUUCAUCCCCGCGUCGGCCAGCGCGGCCGCGCGAAAUGCACCUGUGCACAAGACAAUAUUGCUGGGAGACAGUGGGGUUGGUAAAACAUCCCUCCUGGUGCAGUUCGACACCGGAACGUUCAAAAUGGGCACUUUUUCAGCCACCGUUGGAAUUGGCUUCUCGGUUCUUCUUUUGGGAGACUGCGGUGUGGGCAAAACUUGUCUCCUCGUGCGAUUCCAAGACGGCCGUUUUCUCUACGGCUGCUACAUUUCGACGGUCGGAGUCGACUUUCGGAGUAAAAUUGUCACCGUGGACGAGGAAAUGGUGAAGUUACAAAUCUGGGACACGGCUGGACAGGAACGCUUUCGCAGUGUGACCCACGCGUAUUAUCGAGACGCACAUGCCCUGCUUUUGCUGUAUGACGUCACAAAUAAAACAAGCUUUGACAAUAUUAGAGCUUGGCUGGGGGAAAUUCGAGAGUACGCACAAGACGACGUUGUCAUUCUGCUGUUGGGAAACAAGGCAGAUUGCGAGAACCGGAAAAUCAGGAGGGAGGAAGGCGAACGAUUGGCGCGCGAGUAUAACGUCAUUUUCCUCGAAACUUCAGCCAAAUCAGGACUGAACGUUGACCUCGCUUUCACUGCAGUAGCCAGAGAGCUUUUGUCGAGAAGCACUUUGGGUCCUGAUAAGGCGGCCGGCGGUGACGCGCCAUUUAGUGUUCACGACUAUGUUAGAGAGCAUUCGGUGAGAGUAACCGAAAAUGCCCCAGAGUCAAAUUGUGUUAAUUGCAAUAUAUAAUUUACAUAGCCAAUGCAUGUGCAGCCUCAAAACGACCAAACCGAGUUUAUAUAUCUCACGGCUGCUUUUACUAAAACUUGUCCAAUAAUUUGGUAAAAAGUUACUUUUAUCUGUGCCAAUAUUCAAAUUUUGCAAAAAAAGAUCUCAAGACUCCGCUAUUGCCUUUGCAGACAGUAGAGUAAUUUCUGUGCUUACGGAGUAUAAAUAUUUAUCUUUGGCUCUCUAUUAAAAAUCCUCAUAAUGAUGUUAACAAUUAACGUAUACAUGGUAACAAAAUAUUUGCUGUUUAAUUGAAAGAAAAAAAAUCAAUAUUCAUCAUGUAUCACUGUAAUACAGAUACAUAUCAAAACACGACAAUUUGAAAGUUUUGAUUUAGGCAGAGCUAAAUAAACCUAGCCUUCAUGUAAACGCAAUCCAUUAGAAAAGUACAUUAUCAAAGUCAGUAAGAAAAAAUUGUUGAAAAAUAAGUGAAUGAAAAAUACAAAACGCAAGACUAACUUUGGUUGUUGUUUCUUUCCUCAAAACCGAGGGCUGUCCGGAAAAUUAAUUCUAGCAUUACAUUUUUUAAUAUGAAUCACUGAAGAAUUUUUAAUCUAGUUGAAAAGAAGCAAAGCCAAAAAUAUCAUUGAGCAUGUCAUAAUGUUUACUGCAAUUUUAUUUUUCUGCAAUCACCAAACUAUAUAUCAUUGCAAUUUUGUGCACAUUUUUCUUGUUUAGAAAUUAAGAGAUACAGUUCUUUACAUUGCUAUUUUACUAUUAACAUUCAAUUUGUAACACAAAUAACAAGCAACGCUUGCAUACUCU